UGGUCUCUCAUUUCCUCGCAGCAGUUUCGUCGUACUCUCCGUUCUCCUUCCCGGAACAUUUUGUGCCCUAAAAUCACCGGGAAUUGCUCGGAAAUUAUCCGGGAGCCGUCUGCGAAAAGAAUUAUUGGGAUUUGGGCCUGAAUUUCUGCCACUGACUUUUUUGGUGGUCUUGCUCGAGAUUGUUGGGAGUCUGCCUUGGCUAAUUUAGGCAACAAUCGUUGGUUUAUAAGUAAGGAAUACAUCUCCAUUGGUUUGGGGCCUUUUGGAUAAGUCCAAAGCAAAACCAUGAGAGCUUAGUUCAAGGUGGAUAAUAUCAUGCUAUCAUAGAGAGUCGUUAUUCCUAACAGUUCCAGCACAUGUCCCCAUUCAAAACUGCGCAAAUCCACCUUGUGAGUUCUCAUCGUGAGGUUUAUGAACCCUGUGAUGAUUCAUUUGCUUUGGUUGAUGCACUUUUAGCUGACCGAGUUAACUUGUUAAAUCAUCACCCAACAUUGUGCUUAGAAGUAGGCUGUGGAAGUGGGUAUGUCAUAACAUCUCUUGCUCUUAUGUUGGGAAAGGAAGCCUCUGGCACUCACUAUAUCGCUACAGACAUCAAUCCUCAUGCAACGAGAGUCACUCAGGAGACACUAGAAGCACAUGGGGUUCAUGCGGAGUUGGUAUCCACUGACAUAGCAUAUGGUUUGGAGAAACGACUGGCUUCAUCUGUUGAUGUGUUGAUUGUGAAUCCACCCUAUGUUCCAACCCCUGAGGAGGAAGUGGGUCUUGAAGGAAUUGCCUCUGCUUGGGCAGGAGGGGAAAAUGGCCGCAGUGUUAUCGAUAGAAUGUUGCCAGUUGCUGAUGCUCUUUUGUCUGACAAAGGCUGGUUGUACAUGGUUUUUCUUGAAGCAAACAAUCCCUCCCAGAUAUGCCUUCAAAUGAGAGAAAAGGGGUAUGCUAGUCGAAUCGUUGUGCAGAGAUCAACUGAAGAAGAGAGUCUUCAUGUGAUCAAGUUUUGGAAGAAUGCUGAUCUUCAAGUUCAUGGAAAAGAUUCAAGUCACAAAACAGGAGCAAUUUCAACAUCUUAAUUAGGAACACUUUCAUAAGUUUCUUUUGUUUCCUGAAUGACUUGAGAUUCAUCAGGACAUCCUCUGUUGUUACAAGGAACUAGCCCAUUUUUCAAAAUUUGUGCAUUCUACAGGUGCGUAUUGUUCGAUUUUGUAUAUCAAAUACAUUUGUUUUGACCCUGUUACUGCUUAGAGAUCUUAUAGUAGUCGGUACUCUAACUGUCGAUGAGUUCGAAACUUCGAAGUUCGUAGUUCAUAGGAACUUAUAAUUUCAUUGUCAAGAUACUUCUGAAACUGAAAAUAUAUGAAUUGAGCUGGCUGAACGUUUUUGAACUGCCAUUGUUGACAAGCUUUACU